AUGGUAAGAUCAACUAAUAAUGAUAGGAAUUUGCCAUCGAUUUUGACUGCUUUUGGUGGUUCUGGCUUCUCAGCAUUGGCAGUUUCAAGCGAUGGUUCCACCCUUGCAUCUGCCACCGAUGAAUUUAUUAAUAUUUAUCCAGCAUCGUCGAUUUGGCUCCCAUCAUACGUUCUCAACGUGCCAACAGCCCAUAACCCGAUCAAUUUCGAGUUACAGGAAAUGAUUUGCCCGAACAAGAACUGUAAAUGUAAAAAUCCGCUGCCACCUUACAUUAAGCCAACUCUAAAAAAAGCCAGACGUAAAUUCGGGAAAAGACGAAUAGUGUACCUGGGAGUUAUACAAGAUUUGUGCUUUUUUGGACAAAAUAACGAGUUUCUGGUGGGAAUCGGACCCUUCUUCCUGUUAAUUUAUGACUUGAGUUCGAUGAACUUGAACCCAAUCAUCAGUGUUGAUAUGCGUUAUUUCGGCCUAGACUCUGUAUCAUACCCUCAUAUAUUACUUUCAUCUUUCACAGUACUUAACAUUCAUAGGAACUUUGUAUAUCGCAACGAGUUAUUGACUUGUGUUGACUUUAUGUUCAGCCAUAGACCAUAUGUGCCAACAUACUACCGAGUGGUGUUUAAUGAGAGGAGGUGGUGGGUAGUGGACUGCCAAUCAACAGUGGGUCUCAUUAGAAAGGAAUCUCUGGAUGACGAUGUUCCAUACAAUAUAUCCAACCACUUUAAGCCAGAAACUGAUGAUAAUGAACCAAAGAAUGUAGCUGAGAUGUUUAGGUAUAAUCCACCAAAAGAAGAUGAACCAUGGAUAGACCUGUCACCAUCAGACAAUGGUACAACUUCAAAUGAUAUAGUUAAGAGCUUGGAUGGUAGUACAAAGAAUGGUAUUAACUGUGAUAUUAAUAAUAUGGAUAUUUACGAAUACGUGACCAAGAGGGAAGAAGAAAAUAGAGAAUUUGAAGAGGCAAUUUUUAAGAACAAAACAGUAAAGAUCCUGAGAAAAACAGGUCGUAAAUCUAAGUUGAAGUCAAGGCCCAAAAUGCCCUUAAAACAAACAUAUUUGACUAAACAAUAUAAUCCGAAUUUGUUGAAAAAUCUAAAUCAAGAUCUUGAUAACAUCAAUAACGAGUUGAGCUCCAUUGUGAGAAACCCCUUCGAUUCAGAUUACCCUUACUUUGAAUGUAAAAGUUUACAGCCACAACAAGUUCAAUCAAACUCACAUGUAAACACUAAAUUUAAUGAUUUUGAAAAGACGAAGGAGGAGUUAGAGGAAGAAGAUGAAGAUUUACUGCAGGAUGAUUUGGGUAAUAUUGUUGAUGAUAUGGAAGAUAAAGAUGAGAAAAGGAAGGAAAGUAAGAAGGGAGGAGAUUAUAUUUCUGGAAUAAAUGUAAAUUCGGUGUUUAAUAAGCCGUUUGAAGUCAGGUCUAUUUAUUUCCCCUUUUGCCUACUUAAGAAUAAAUUCACCAUUUAUAAGCCUAUUUCACUCUCCAAUUUUACUGUGGACUCUGAAGUGACCCAAAAAAAUACCCGAGAGUACUAUUUGACUUAUAACCAAGAGUUUGUGUUUGCAGUAUUCGUCCCAAUAUCGACAAUUGUUUUGGUUAAGUUCUCAGUAGAGACGUUCUUUCACAUAGAGAAUGACUUGAUGAAGUCUACAUUCUUGGGGAAAACAGACUCAAAAAUAUUAGCAGAUUUGGCAAUAUCAAACAUCCCGAUCAGAGUACACAUGUUCUUAUCAAACCCGCGAAGCGAUCAGUUUGCAAUCAUUGUCCAUGACAAGUUCUAUGUCUUAAAAUAUACCACUUCAAGCACAGUUAACACUAAACUCAAAUCUCAUGGGACUGUAACAGAUAAUAGUUUGGAAUUGAAUAAUGGAGAAAAUUCUGAAGGAGUGUCUGACACUAGUGGUUAUAAAAAGGAGUUGAAACUAUAUGAAGUGUUGGUGGAGGAUGAUGAAGUUCAGAAUACUUUGAAAAUUUACUACUGCCACUAUGACCCAGUUUUGAAACUCCGUUACAGUCUAGGUUGUUUCAGCAAGAGUAAUAGCUAUGGAUAUUUGGCAAUGUGUACCAAUUACAGCUCCCAGUGGGGAUUCCAAAUUUUCGAUCUCAGCUACAAGUCAGGAGUUGAUGGCCUUAAGUUGGUGAUGGACUCUUCAAAGUGCAAGGGCUUUAUACAGAUGACUUGGGUCCCAAACUCCAACAAGUUCUUAUUCAUCUCAAGAUUAAACGGAGAACUGUAUCAACUUGAACCAAAAUCCAAGAGGAAUUGGGUCGGACUAAUUUCAAACUUUAAGUCCAUUGAAAAAAACGUUGAGUACAUUGAGCCUGAGGAUUUUUUCGAUGAAAAGAACAGUAAGAACUCGACUACCGGAGCACUCGAUAAAUAUGACCGUCUGAAUAAUCAUUCGGACAAGACACUUAACAAAGAUUAUGUAGUUAAAGAUAAUAGAUUGAGUAGGCAAGGGUUUAGUAGUGUGAGGUAUCCAUUUUUUGAUCCUGUUUUUUCAAUUCUUGGAGAUUAUUGGGACAGUUGUGAAAAACAACUUGACAUAGGUGAUUUCGACCCUGAAUUUCAUGUAAACAGCCCUGAGCUGGCAGCUUUUUAUGAAAAACUCACUGAUUCAAUUAAUUUAAUUUAG